AACCCUCCGGCGCGCAGUCAGUUUUCGGCGCGUUAUAGCGUGUGUAUUGUGUGUGUGUGUGUGUGUGUGUGUGUUCGCGUUGCGCCCUGUACGUGACCGUGUGUGUGUGUGUGUGUGUGUGUGUGUGUGUGUGUGUGUGUGUGUGCGCUGAAGUUUGGCUCGCUCGCUGCGUGUGUGAGCGGGUUUAGUUCGGGUUCAGUUCGGGUUCUGCGCAGUACCGGAUUCAUGUGGAUUUAGGAGCAGGAGGAACGGGAGUGCUGCACGGUGAGGUGGACUGGAGUGGACCGGAGUGGACCGGACUGGACUGCAGUGGACUGUGGCCGGACUUCACACCGCGGAUCGAGCCUGUCCCUCUGGAGCGGCGGAGACCCUGACGGGAGGAGGACGGAGAGCCGAGAGGAGAAGCGGGAGGACGAGAGGAAGCGAGGAACAUCUGUUAAACACAUCGAGAUGGACGUCUCAGCAGGAGUUCUGCAUUCUCCCUGGUGGAGAGAUGAUCCGGAGCGCCGCGUCUCGGCCUAUCAUUAGGCCACGGGGCCUCUCGCCGAGGAACGGAUAGCCCUGUCGCUAACGCUGUAAUUACCCUCCGUAAAGAUGGCGCUCAGCUAACGGCUCGGAGGGGAACGGUUUCCUCUGCGGCUUAAAGAUCUGCACAGGCAGCGGAAUUCGGUGGAAGCUCUUGAUUGCUGACGAGGCGACUUUUGUUCCCCCGGUCUCGGAUCGGCUCCAGUUUUUACUUCUUCUGUUGUUUAUUUGUAUUGUAUGAUUUAAUUAUAAGAUGGCGGUGAACUAUCGGGUCGUGGUCAGCAGUAUAAACUAUUAUAACAGCGUGACGGUGGACCAUCGCGUCCAACAGACCGUUCACUACUGCAACGGACCGUGUGGAGCCAUGAAACACGGACUCUGCUGCACCGUGGCUCAUCACAGCACCUGUGCUGAACUUUUGGAUGCGCCCGCGUCCCGGGUUUACCCGGACCGCCCGGUCGGCUACCAGGAACCCGCGGCCAAGCUCCUAGAGAACGGUGGAUGUAAUCACGUCGGAUUCUGCGAGGACUUCCACCAGACGGCGGCGAGAGGGAAGAAAGGCUCGGUGAUCCAAAGCUCGACCAGCCUGAAGGACAUCACGGGCGAGGCCAUCAACCUAGCCAGCGGAAAGACCAAGGAGUUCUCCUUCGAGAAGGCCAAGUACUCGUCCAGUCACGUGACCUUCAGGAAGGGUCGGAAGGUCAGGCCCGACUCGUUCAGCCGAAGAUCCACCGACCUGGAUAUCAUCUACGGACACUUCGGGAACGAUGAGAACUGUCCUCCGCAGAAGGCCGCACCAGAGGAGCAGAAGAUGAACCGGAGCGCCUCGCUGGAGCAGAACCUCAACAACGCGGCAGUGGCCUACCUCAACAGCCUGACGGAGGAGAACCUCAUCGCUCGGAUCCUGGAGAAGACCAAGAUGGACAGCAAUGCCUCCGGGGAGGACAUCAAAGCCUGCCUGGACAUCCUGCUCAAGUGCUCGGAGGAUCUAAAGAAAUGCACGGAUAUCAUAAAGCAGUGCAUCAAGAAGAAGUCGGUGACCGGCGACGGUGACGACUACGGAAAUCCAGACGCCAUCUACAAGACGAUGAUGGCCCGACUGUCCGGCUACCUGAAGAGGCUGCCUCUGGAGCUGGAGCUCGGUCUCGGAGGACGACAGGAGCACAGCGAUUUGUCCGAACUGGUGAACAGCCUCCAUGGACUCCAGCAAAGUCAUUUCUCUCCUUUCGGCCAUGAGCAGCCUCCUCGAUACGAAGAUGUCGUCCAAAACCCUCCAUCAACAAAAGUCCAGACCAAGGAGGCUCCUGAAAGUGCUCGAGACCUUACCGAAAGUCUAAAACCUGUUCCAGGCCAUUCACCUUCUCCUGGACUACAGUAUUCCAACCUGUCCUCCUCCCCCAGCAGCACCACGCCAUCCAACCUUCACCAGCCGGUCUUCACUGGUCACCGCGAUGCCUCAUCGUCCACCAACAGCAUCUCCAAAGACUCUUCAACGGUGGCGCUGUACAUCGAGGAAGAUAGCGAUAUAGGUCGCACACUGGACAGGAAGCAAGGUUUUGGUGCUUUGGAAUCCAGGCAGCUCUCCAAAGCACCUGAAGUAGCAUCAGAUCCUGAGCUCAGAAGGAACGGAACUGGAUUCAGAUCGAAGAAUGAACCCGGAGGUUCAAACCAGACUUACCUGUUGCCUUCAACCAUGGGGGCAAAGACGUUCGCCAAUCCAUCGCAGAUCAGCAAAGAAGUCGACGACGACAUCGAGAAACUACUGAUGGACUUGGAGAGUCUCUCUCAGAACAUGGAGAAGGAACCUCCUCUACCACCCAAGCAGAAGCAUUUAAACGCCAACCUGAAGACCCCACGCCAGGUCAGCCCCUCCGUGACUAAAGGUCCUUCCGCCACCUCGUCCGGCGGUUCAGCGAAUCGUGGCACCGAAGAGGCGGGCGAGGAGGACGACGGUGCUUUUCUGCUCCGGAUCCUGGAGAGCAUCGAGAGCUUUGCUCAAGAGCUGGUGGACUGUGGUGCCGGAACAGGAACCCCGAAGUCCAAAGAAUGUGAGGUGAUGCGCCUCCUCCAGGGCACCCUGGCGACUCCCAAGACUAAAACGACUCCUGGACCCGAAGUUGAUGCGAUGAACUCGCUGGCACCUUCAGGAACGCUUUCAUCUCCAGCUACACCUUCGGUUUUGGAUGCACCAGGACCUGUGACUGCUCCUACAGCGGCUCCUGCGAAGGUCCUGAACACCUUCACCGCUGGAUGGGACACGGGGUCCGGCAUCCUCAUCCAGCAGACGCCUGAAGUCAUCAGGAUUCAGCCAGAGAAGAAACCCGUCUCUCCUCCUCCUCCGCCUGUUCUCCGUACCCCUACUCCGCCCCCAGUGGCCCCGCCUCCACCACCCUCCAUCAACAUUCCACGCUUCUAUUUCCCCACGGGCCUCCCGAACCUCGGCUCCAGCAACGACGAGGUCGUGGCAAAGACCGAGGCGGCCUUCGCCGAGCUGCAGGAGGAGAAAGCCGACAUCUACGAGAUGGGCAAGAUCGCCAAGGCGUGUGGCUGCCCGCUGUACUGGAAAGCCCCCAUGUUCAACCGGGCAGGAGGUGAAAGGACGGGCUUCGUCACCGUCCAUUCAUUUAUGGCCACGUGGAGGAAGGUGUUACAGAGCUGCUACGACGACGCGUCCAAGUUUGUUUACUUGCUGGCCAAGCCGGGCUGCACCUACCUGGAGCAGGAGGAUUUCAUCCCUCUACUGCAGGACGUGGUGGACACUCAUCCAGGCCUGACGUUUUUAAAAGACGCUCCUGAAUUCCAUUCCCGCUACAUCACCACCGUGAUCCAGAGGAUAUUUUACACAGUGAACAGAUCGUGGACGGGCAGGAUCAACAUGACUGAGAUCCGGAGGAGCAACUUCCUGCAGACUCUGGCUCUGUUAGAGGAGGAGGACGACAUUAAUCAGAUCACUGAUUAUUUCUCCUAUGAGCAUUUCUACGUGAUUUACUGUAAGUUCUGGGAGCUGGACGCCGACCACGAUCUCUUCAUCGACCCCAAAGACCUGUCACGAUACAACGAUCACGCUUCAUCCAGCAGGAUCAUCGAGAGGCUUUUCUCAGGAGCGGUGACUCGGGGAAACUCAGUGCAGAGAGAAGGACGGAUGAGUUACGCCGAGUUUGUUUGGUUCCUCAUCUCAGAAGAGGACAAAAAGAACCCGACAAGUGUGGAGUACUGGUUCCGCUCUAUGGACCUGGAUGGAGACGGUGUACUCUCCAUGUACGAGCUGGAGUAUUUCUAUGAGGAGCAGUGUGAAAGGAUGGAGGGGAUGGGAAUUGAACCUCUACCAUUCCAGGACCUGCUUUGCCAAAUGCUCGACCUCGUCAAACCAGAAAGCCAAGGUAAAAUCACUCUGCGGGAUCUGAAGCGCUGCAGAAUGGCGCACAUCUUCUUCGACACGUUCUUCAACCUGGAUAAAUACCUGGACCACGAGCAGAGAGACCCCUUCUCCGUCCAGAAGGACGUGGACGGUGAAGGUCCUGAACCCUCAGACUGGGAUAAAUACGCAGCAGAAGAAUACGAGAUUCUGGUAGCGGAGGAGACGGCCAGUGAACAUCUACAGGAGGGGUCCUUCGAGGAUGAUUACGAGUGUGAUGAACUCUCCCUGCCAUCUGAAAUGGGAAAUAAAAUGAACAGUCUGGUGAUCUCAGAUCUGUCGGCGUGAUCGUCCAGUGAUCCCAGUGAUCCCAACGAUCCCAACGAUCCCGGUGAUCCCGGCGCUUCAAACUAAAAACAAUCUCACUUUUCUACAGUGCAAAAACACUCUGUGUGUGUGUGUGUGUGUGUGUGUGUGUGUGUGUUCGUACGCUACCAUCAAGGCUUCAUGUGCAAUAUGUCUUAACCAUAACCGCGAACGUCAGGAUCCGAUUCGUCCUCUCUUCACCUCCGGCUGGAACAGAAAAGACUUUUACAGAGACGAGGCGAAAGUAUCCGGACGCUUCGUUAUAAAGCGCUUCAGCGUGAGUGAAAUGAUGCACAUAAACACACUGGUUACAGUAGAAGGUGACUGUGGGGUCGGCCUGACAGGUUAAUAGUUAUUUCUGUUAAUCGAGCCGACGAGUCGAGGAGUUUUCUGAUUAGAGGUCUAGAGAGUUUAGCCUCCCUUAGUUUCUCUGUUGUGCCUGUAGGGGGCGACACUGAGUGAUAAAAAUGUUCAUGCCCAAAAUCUACUAAAUUAAAUGUAGUCAAAAGUCACCUGGGUGCCCCCCAGUGGGCAUGAUUGGCAGACACAAUUGGCCAGAGUUAGCAGAUGCGCUAAGGGCUAACGUUAUCGUUCACACUGGACUCUUGGUUCCGAGUUUUCUGUACGGGGUGAAGCAGAAGCGACGGGAUUCCAGGGAAAGAACGUAACGGAUUUGGUGGGCGGCUAACGCUAAUUAGCUGCUAGUUUAUUUAAUACGACGGCGAAACGCAAGUGACAAGCGACGGUGUGAAAGCGGUGAAGCAAACGUCCGGUGUGUUCGAUACGAUGAAAGAGUAAUAAUAAUAAUAAUGUAGUGGCUCCUAGUGGCUGCUUGAUGUAUUGCAUGUUAAAACAGUCAUAAGAAACGUGAUGGUGGUGGCAUCACUCUUCAGAUUUUUAUUUAACGAAACAUUUUGGUUUAAACCCUCAAUAAAACACCACAAAAAAACAUUUAUACUUAAAUCGAAAUGUUUCAGUAUGUACGUCCGACGCAACCUGUUAGGUUAGCAUUAACGUCAGCAUAACAUUAGUGUAACGUUACAUACAUCAGCGCUAAAUAACAUUAGCGCAACGUUACAUGCAUCAGCAUUAAAAAACAUUAGCCAAAUGUUACAUACAUUAGCAUUACAUCACAUUAGCGAAACGUUACAUAUGUCAUCAUUACAGUACAUUAGCAUAACGUUACAUACAUAAUGAUAACAUUAUGUUAGCAUAAUGUUUCCUACGUCAGCAUUUUAGUUAAUUAGCGUCACAUUAAAUUAGCAUAACAUUACAUUUGUCAGUAUUGAAUUCAAUUAGCAUAACGUUACAUUAGUCAGCAUUAGAUUGUUAGCAUAAUGUCAGCGCUACAUCACGUUAGCGUAACAUUACAAAUGUCAGCGUUACAUUACAUUAGCGUACCGUUACAGUCUGAUAAACAAGUGUACGUUUAUAAUCUAAUAUUCUGUUAUACCUCCAACAUUUUAAGCAUAAGAAGCUUUGAACGUUCAAAGUAGCACCGCGUACAUUUAGCAUAACAGUAUAUCCGCCCAAAAUCAUUCUGUGUACAUUUAGCAUAGCAUUUCUAGCACACCAGGCUAACAGUAUUUAUUUCUCUCUGCUCACUUUGAAAAUGCAGCGAACGUUUCUCUGCUGCUAAAUAAAUAAAAUAAAACAAACUUUUAGCCCCUAAUUGUUGAUUAGCCAGGUGACUGAAGUUAGCAACAUGAGCUAACAGUUAGCAGGUGUGUGUAAAUGAUGGCGUGUUUAUAAGCGCUGUGCUACUUCUGGUUAUCUCUGUUCCUCGUCCACCUACACUCUCUCUCGCUGUCUGUUAAAGAGUGUGUGUGUGUGUGUGUGUGUGUGUGUGUUGGAUUAGCAUCAGCGCUAUCGAGCACACGGUGUAACUGUACACUGUUUUAAUGUAAUUACUGUAAAAUAUAUAGUAUAAUAUAAAUAUUUAUAUACGUGUGUGUGUGUGUGUGUAGUUAGCGCUGUACAUGCCUCUGUGUUUUAUUUGAUUUUUAUUUGAUUUGAUUGACGGUGUCGGGCGCGGCCACUGCGUGGCGGGCGGAGUUUAAGCCGUGACGGACGGCUGUAGUGUUACCAUAGCGACACAUGUUCAGCCGCACGACGCCGGAGCGACACCGGGGCGGGGCGGAGCGGGGCGGAGCAAUAACGAACCUGCUGUAGCUUUAGGAGUUUAUUUAAGAUGAAACGGUUCAUCCGUCACUGAUCUAUGCAAACGUAGCGCCGCUGAUCUCCCGCUGAUCUCCCGCUGAUCUCCCGCUGAUCUCCCGCUGAUCUCCCGCUGAUCUCCGACUGUUCGGCGUCCGACUGUUCGUGUGCACUUUUAUUUGAAAGUUUUUUUUAAUCAUGUAGCUUUAUGCUAAUGAUGCAGAUAUAUAAAAAGUUCCACGUGUAAUUUGUUGUCUUGCUUUUGGACUUGUUGAGGUUUUUACCACGAGGUUCCUCAUGUGAUCGCAUGAUUCUUUUUCUUUCUCUCAUUUUGUCUUUUUUUUUUUUCUUUUGAAAAUAAAUAAAUCAAUAAAAAUGAUUUAAAAAAGCUGUUUAUUUUAUUUAUACUGACAUUCCCUUGCUGUGUUGUUACGCCUCCGUCCACUUCUCUCUGUUUUUUCUGUAACGAAGCCUGAACGGUUUGUGGUUGGAUGUUGAAACGUUCUCCAAGAAGAAAUAAAAAUGAAGAAAUAAAAGUGAGAUCUGCUGAUCAGGGUGUGGCUCUCCAUGCACAAAGCUGAUCCACAUAUGAACU